AUGAUUCAGACUCUGUUCACCUCAAAGAGCAAGAGGGAUGAAAUCAAGGCGAAGAAAGCGGCAGAACUCGAGAGAUUGGAAGCUCGCAUGGCCCAGAAGUACCUUGCAGUCUUCGGAGUAGAAUAUGAACCUCCAACGGGAGCUUUGUCUUCAUACGAAACUUGGUGGAGCCAGCAAUAUCAAUGGUUAAGAGGUCAAGGAUACUUGCUUCGGCCACGCUAUGCUCCAGAAUGGGUUCCGUCUUGGGAGGGUUCCAAACGCAAUUCUUCUGAUUGUGAAGAUCGACAGAUCUUACGCUUUUGGAAAAUCAUGGAUGCAACACGCCUAUCUGACGGCUUGUAUGUUUGCCUCAAAGUAGUCAAGAAGUCGGUGUUUCCUUAUGAGGCAGACAUUGGACUAUAUUUCAUGUCGGACAAACUUGCGUCUGAUCCCAAGAACCACUGUGUUCCGUCUUUCGAGGUGUUGUCAGUUCCCGACGAAGACAAUAAACAGAUUAUCGUGAUGCCAUUGCUUCUCAAUUUCGUCAAGCUUCGAUUUGAUACGUUCGGCGAGGUGAUGGAAUGCCUCAGGCAACUUUUCGAAGGUUUUUUAUUCAUGCACAACCACCACGUUGCACACCGUGAUUGCACGUGGAUGAACAUUAUGAUGGAUACCAAAGACCUCUAUGCCGAACCAUAUCACCCUGUCAAGCCUCACAUGAAGCGGGACUAUAGCGGUUACGCGAGUCAUUACACCCGCACUCAGCGACCCUCCAAGUACUACAUCAUCGACUUCGGCUUGUCACGCCGAUUCGAUGCCAGUGAAGAAAAUCCGCUCGAGUAUCCUAUAAUCGGGGGUGAUAAGACGGUGCCAGAAUAUCAAAAAUAUCCGAAUACCCCGCUGGAUCCCUUCCCAACCGAUGUCUAUAAUCUCGGAAAUCUUAUCCGAGAACAGUUCCUAAAUACUAAAACGGGAUUUGAGUUCUUGAAAUCUCUCAUCGAUGAUAUGGUGCAAGAUGAUCCAAGUAAGAGACCUACAAUGGGGCAAGCGGUCGAACGAUUCGACUCGAUUCUACAAAACCUCAGCACAUGGAAACUGCGGUCUCGCGUGACUGCCAGGGAUGAAGGUUCUUUCGGGUAUAUGUAUCACGGGGCUGCUCAUUGGAGACGACGGAUAGGUUUUAUUGUCAAGCGCGUAUCGGCUAUACCCCGUCUUCCGCAAUGA